AGGCCGCUGAAGCUCGCGACGGAGGGCGUAUGUUUACAUUCGUGUGUCAAGACGGCCAACGAAGGAAUCAGCUGACUGGCACUGUGGGCUCUGUUGACACUCCUUCAGGCCAUGAGAAGUGCCACCUUUGACGGAAGGCCGUAGACUGACGCUGAAGGAUCGGACGGAAGGGCGAUCUCUCUGGCCUCGAGAGGAGGAAGUGCAAAGAUGAAGCGCAGACCUAUCGUGACCUAUGCAGGAGACAACGCACUUUUCACUGGCCUUCAGGCUGGCCUGGUUACUGCACUGCCUCAGGAGAGUGUGGAGUGGCGACGCUCCUAUGGGCGUCCUUCCCGGUGUGUCCAUGUGGAAGUGGACUUUGUUCCUUUUGCUGAGGAAUGCCUUGUGAAGGAUGUCACACGGACAAUCCUUGGCCAACCCAUCUUCCACACCUACUGGACAGAUUGUGCUGAUGUCGAGGCCUACAAGAGCAGCACAAGGGACAGCCUGCAGGCAUGGGUAACAUCACUGAGGCAGCAAGGGAUCACAGAUUGGAUGGUAGUGUUGCUGGAAACACCAGACACACGCAAAGGAAAUAAGUUGAUCCCAAGAACCACUGUCCUGGACAAAAUUAAAAAUGACUUUGGUGGAAAACAGGCUGAAAGAUGUGUUUCUUUGAUUGACCCUUUGAAGACGGAUUCAAGAUCUGUGGAAUCGUGGCAGACUCUGCUCACAAAGAUGAGGCAUUUGUUGAUGGUGGCAUACAAUAGGGCUCUUAACAAAUUUGAAGAGAACAUGAGAGCAGAGCGUGAACGACGCACAGAAAAAUCUUGGUCAUUCUGUUCAUAUUUUCUUUUGCAAGAAGAAUUAGCUCAAGUUUUCCAAUUGCUAGCAUUACAUGAUGAAGCUUUAGUGCAGUAUGAUGAGUUAGAUGCUCUCUUUACACAGUUUGUGCUGAAUUCUGCUGCAGGGGAUACUCCACAGUGGUUAAGCAACUUCAGCCAACCAUGUGAGAAGUGGGAGGGUUUGCACCUCACCCCAGAUCUAGAUGCUGUCAUUCAGGGGAAGAUCCGUUCCAAGGAUGUUACCCUGCUAGAGUUUCGCAACUACCUCUUCCAACGUCAGUGUGCCCUACUCUUCCUCCAGAACAAGCCUUGGGAGGUAGCCAGCCGAGCUCUGACAUUCCUCCAGAACACUCUGGGAGAACUCAGCAUCCUGGAAGUUACAGUUGCUCCUGGAGGCAUUGCAUGCUGGGGUGUCCUCUCCUGUUUGGAAGUCAUAGAUUCUCUACAAUCCUUCAAGGAGCCAUCUACAACAGAUGCACAUGCUCACCACACUGCCCCACUAUGGGCCUACGCCAGAGAUAAGUUACAAGAGUUAGGAAGCCUGUGUGGGCUGAUGCCAGGAUGUGAGACCAGCAGCUCCCAGCUCCACACAGUUAUCUCACUGGUGUGUGGGAUGGGCAAUGACCCUCAUGCGCAUGACUAUCACCAGGAGGAUGCACCAGUCCAUGACACACCUAUGACGAGGCUUAAAGAUGCUCUCUCUUCACCACAGGCAUACAAAAAGCAUUACCUUGACUUGUCUGAGGUGGCCAUCAGCACCUACAAACACAUUGGUCGAAUCAGGUCAGCAAGGCUCAUUGGCAAAGAACUGGCCACAUUCUACAUGGCACAGGGAGAGGCACAGAAAGCUGCUACUUUCUUAACAGACCAAUUGACCAUGUUUUUAGAGGAGAGAUGGUUGCUUUUGGCUGCUCACACACAGCUCCAUUUGUCACAUUGUUACCUUUCCACCAAUGACCUAGAGAAGUAUGUUAAAACUUGUGCACAGUUAGCUGGUUCCACCCACUUGGGACAGGAAAUGAGGGAGGAACAUUUUGAGAAGAUGAAGACUGCCUUAAAUGAUGUUGAAGAUGGAUCAUCUCUCCUGAUACCCUGCGACAGAAUAUUUGAGGUGGAGGGCCUUCGACUGGUGUCAGAGGACCGCAUCAUACUAGAAUCAGAGGUUCUGGUAGAGCUUUCCAUCUUAAGUAAACUUCCAAGUACUGUCAUGUGCAACCAAGUAUAUGUUGUGUUACAGCAUGUUAAAGAAGAAAUAGGGUCACUCAAGACCUAUUCUGAAUUAGAAAGGAAAUCAAGUUCAUCAAGCUCAGCAUCACAGCCAAGCACGCGCAAAUCACAGUCCUCCUCUAUGGUGCACAGGAGCAGCUCAAACUCAGCUGAAGUGGAGCGAAAGAGCCUGACAAAUGAGGCAGCAGCAGCAGAGACAGAAAUGGCUAGGCUGAAUCCACUCACACAACCUCUUCAUAUGAGCCUCCAUCUGGAGUACAAGCAGGACAAGUCUCUUUCAUCUGCCUCCAUAACUUGUGUUAAUUCUCAUAAAGUACUCAGAAGAAGAGACAGCCAAGGUGGAAUGUAUAAGGUGGACCGUAGUGUUGCUAAGGAACAACACAAAGACAAGCUUGUGGCCAAAGAGGUAGUUAUUGCCCCUGGGAAAAAUACUAUCACAUUAUCCACUAAAGUGACCAGUAAGGGCUGCUACACAGCCAGUCAAGUGGUUUUAGCAUUAGAGAAGCUUGAAUUUAUUUGUGGUAAGAAUCACAUUGCAGGCCCUCCACUGAGUCUGGAGGUUGUAAGCGAAAAUCCUCGUAUCUUCCUGGGUCGCAGGGACCGUGACCUUCUGGCAGGACUGCAUCAGCCAAUGGUCCUCACAGUGCACAGUGGAAGCUGGCACAUCAAGCAGGUAUGUGUUAAGUGCAGUGUUAGGUGGAGAUAUUCUCAGUCAUAUGACCAUUGUCAAAUUUUUAUUUUUAUUAUUUCAUUUUAGUAGAAAUGAGUAUAG